AUGACCCCUCAACAAACAUACGUCUCUUCUCAUGGGACUUUAACCCCUCAACCGAUUAUAACCCGUCUAUACCGUUGGGCGGAAGAUUGGGGUACUUUGGGAUAUCUGUUCGUAGCUACUUUGAUCACUCCUUUAUAUGACCCUCAAUCAUUUGGUGACCCUUCUCGUAUCACUCAGAUCGGUGUUACACAAGGUAGAGUCGUACCUGGGCCACUAGGAGGCGGAGGCGGGGGUGGAGGAGUUGGGUUUGGAGGCGGCAAUGGUGGGACUACAGGUAGAGGAGGAGGGAAUGGUGGAAGUGGACCUACCGGUAGAGGUGGCGGUGGCGGCGGUGGUGGCGGCGGAGGUGGAGGGUUCAUGACUAUGACUCAACUUCGUGGUGGUGAAACCGUGGAUUCUUGUCGAUCUACUUGUGGUUAA